GCGGCGGCGCCGCGGAUGGCGCUGAGGCGGAGCAUGGAGUGGCCGCGGCUCCGGCUCCGGCUCCGGCUCCGGCUCCGGCUCCGGCUCCGGCUCCCGCAGCUGUUGCUGGCGGGACUGGCUGCGCUCCUGUUCCCGGAGCUCCCAGCCGUAGGCUUGAAGCUCAUUGGGGCCCCUCUGAAGCUGACGGUAUCUCAAGGGCAACCAGUGAAGUUGAACUGCAGUGUAGAGGGAUUAGAGGACCCUGAGAUCCAGUGGGUCAAGGAUGGAGCUUUGGUGCAGAGUGUGGACCAAGUCUACAUUCCUAUCAGUGAGCAGCACUGGAUCGGUUUCCUCAGCCUGAAGUCAGUAGAUCGAUCUGAUGCUGGGCGGUACUGGUGCCAAGUGGAAGAUGGGGGAGAAACAGAGACAUCCCAGCCAGUGUGGCUUACAGUAGAAGGUGUGCCAUAUUUCACUGUGGAGCCAGAGGAUCUCACGGUGCCCCCUAACGCUCCUUUCCAACUGUCUUGUGAAGCGGUGGGGCCCCCUGAACCUGUGACCAUCUUCUGGUGGAGGGGGGGCACGAGGGUUGGAGGACCGGCCCUCUCUCCCUCCAUUUUGAAUGUUACAGGGGUGACCCAGAGCACUGUGUUUUCCUGUGAAGCCCAUAACCUGAAAGGUUUGGCCUCUUCCCGCCCAGCCACAGUCUAUCUUCAAGCACUUCCAGCAGCACCCUCUAAUGUAACAGUGACCCGGCUAUCUAGCAACAAUGCCAGUGUAGCCUGGAUUCCUGGCUCUGAUGGCCGAGCUCUGCUCCACUCCUGCACAGUCCAGGUAACGGAGGCCCCAGGAGGCUGGGAGGUCCUGGCGGUCGUGGUUCCAGUGCCACCUUUCAGUUGUCUGCUUCGGGGCCUAGAACCUGCCACCAACUACAGCCUACGGGUUCGAUGCACCAAUGCCUUGGGGCCUUCCCCAUAUGCAGACUGGGUGCCCUUCCAGACCCAGGGUCUGGCCCCAUCCAGUGCCCCUCAGAACCUCCAUGCCAUCCGAACAGACUAUGGUCUGAUCUUGGAGUGGGAAGAAGUCAUUCCUGAGGGCUCUAGUGAGGGCCCCCUGGGGCCCUAUAGAAUAUCCUGGGUUCAAGAAAAUGGGACUCAGGGUGAGCUGACUGUUCUAGGGACUAGAGCCAACCUGACGGGCUGGGAUCCCCUGAAGGACUUGACAGCCAGAGUGUGUGUCUCCAAUGAAGUUGGCUGUGGUCCUUGGAGCCAGCCUGUGCUUGUCUCCUAUCGGGACCAUGCUGGCCAGCAGGGUCCUCCUCACAGUCGCACAUCUUGGGUGCCUGUGGUCUUGGGCAUUCUGACAGCACUUGUGACAGCUGCUGCCCUGGCUUUAAUCCUGUUGCGCAAGAGAAGGAAGGAAACACGGUUUGGGCAAGCCUUUGACAGUGUCAUGGCCCGUGGGGAGCCCGCUGUUCAUUUCCGUGCUGCUCGAUCCUUUAAUAGGGAAGGCCCAGAGCGAAUUGAGGCCACAUUGGAUAGCCUGGGUAUCAGCGAUGAACUGAAAGAUAAAUUGGAGGAUGUGCUGAUCCCAGAGCAGCGGUUCACCUUGGGCCGGAUGUUGGGCAAAGGGGAGUUUGGCUCAGUGAGGGAAGCCCAGCUGAAGCAGGAGGAUGGCUCCUUCGAGAAGGUAGCAGUGAAAAUGCUAAAAGCGGACAUCAUCAACUCCAGUGACAUUGAAGAGUUCCUCCGAGAGGCUGCUUGCAUGAAAGAAUUUGACCACCCACAUGUGGCCAAACUUGUUGGGGUGAGCCUUCGAAGCCGUGCCAAGGGCCGCUUGCCUAUCCCCAUGGUGAUCCUGCCCUUCAUGAAGCAUGGUGACCUACAUGCCUUCCUCCUUGCCUCCCGAAUAGGAGAAAACCCUUUUAACCUGCCCUUGCAGACACUGAUCCGAUUCAUGGUGGACAUUGCCAGUGGCAUGGAGUACCUGAGUUCCCAGAAUUUCAUCCAUAGGGACUUAGCUGCUCGGAAUUGCAUGUUAGCUGAGGACAUGACUGUGUGUGUGGCUGACUUUGGGCUAUCUCGGAAGAUAUACAGUGGUGAUUAUUAUCGGCAGGGCUGUGCCUCCAAAUUGCCCGUCAAAUGGCUAGCCCUGGAAAGCUUGGCUGAUAACCUAUACACAGUACAUAGUGAUGUGUGGGCAUUUGGUGUGACCAUGUGGGAGAUAAUGACUCGGGGACAAACACCUUAUGCUGGUAUUGAAAAUGCUGAGAUUUACAACUACCUCAUCAGUGGGAACCGUCUGAAGCAGCCCCCUGAAUGUCUCGAGGAAGUAUAUGAGCUCAUGUACCAGUGCUGGUGCUCAGACCCCAAGCAGCGCCCUAGUUUCACGACACUUCGGAUGGAGCUAGAGGAGAUCCUGGGCCGAAUGUCUGUUCUCUCUGCCAGUCAGGAUCCUCUCUACAUCAACAUCGAGAGGGCUGAGGAGCAAGCAGAAGGGGGUGGCCAACUGGGCGGGGACCAGGUUAUCAGUGGGAAUGGAGAUAGGAACGGUAAUGGUACAGGAUCAGUAGGUGGUAUUCCAAGUGACUAUCGGUAUAUCCUUAGCCCUGGAGGGCCAGCUGAGCAGUCUGGAGAACAGCAGUCAGAGGGGGCCUGUGGGGAGGCCCAGAGGAGGAGGCUGCUCUAGCAGGGGCUGUUGGCCUAACAAAUGGAUGGGCAUCCUUUGGGGGGGGUAAGGGGAAGUGUCUGGCUGACUUUGUUGGCUAGCAAAGCCCCCUCCCCCCUUGAUCUCGGCCUAGUCAGAAGUGUGGGGGCUCCUGUGGCAGUCCCUCCCAAACUGUGUUGGGGACUGGGCUUUGGAAGCCUGAUAAGACCAAAUCGCCCAAUCCCAGUUCUUCCUGCAAUCACUCUGGCUCCAGCCAGCCUGGCACAGGCUCGUGACUAUUUCAUUCGGGUGGGGGUGGGGGGGAGGUAGGGCAGGCCUAGUUGUCUGGACACUGGCAGCUGGUACUCUGUGGUUACAUUCCCAUGGUUAUGAUGAGUGGGGGCCAGGAAGGAGAGGAGAUAAGUGGCACUAUUCACCCCUUCCCUUCCCAGUGGGCUAACCCUGCUGCUUUAGUGCAUGUGCUGAGCCACCCCUGGCCUGAGGAGGCAGCUCUGCCCACACCACUGGUUUUUAAUUCUCUAGGCCUGGCUUCUUCAAGGCACAGAGAGGUGGAUUUACAUUACACCCAUGCAGGUAUGAGUUGGUAGAGAGGUUGGUAGGGCCAACCCCUCUCACCCUAUAGGUGGAAUUGAAUGUUGGUAUACUCAGGUCUGAAUAACCCUUUGUCAGCAGGACUGUGGGGCUACCCUGCCAAUGGCCCAUCCCUGUUGGGUGCUGCACACUCCCUAGGUCACACCUAUGCAGAAAGCUAGAGGACAUCAGUCUGCCAGGUGCACUUCCCUUGAAAAGAAGGGGAGCGAUGGGGCCUGAGGAAGGAUUGGUGGGACCAGAUGUGUCUGGUCCUAUAAGGGAUGGCAUCCUCUUUCCACUAGUGAGGGAAGCACCCUCCACUGUCUGUUUGGAGCAUGCUACAAGAAUCCUAAUCCCACUAACAAAGGCAGCUGUGUCUAAGCCCCGAGGGUUUUCUGGUCCCACUUCUUCCUUCCCUGCUGAGUCCCUCUAUCCUGACUUUCCCUUUAACAGAAGCCUCCUCUUUUUGCCAGCUCCUAUUCAGAGCUAUUGAAGUGGGAGGAAUUGAGGCCAGGGGGCUGGUUUUGAGGGAAGGGGUUAUUAUUGAUUGCUACCACCUCCAUGGCAGAGAUGGCUGUGGGGGAAAUGGGAUGAGAGUAGCCUACCUUGGGGAGGGUGUUUCCAGGCUGUUAGAUGCCAUUUAAACACAGAAAUAAAAAGAAACCUCAGAACAGCCAUUUGGAAAUAGUCAUUUCUUCUUUAUCUUUCAAUCAAGCACUCUCCUUUGUUGGUUUGGAGGGGGGUAGAAAGAAAAGUUAGAAGGUUGUGAUACUGAUUUCUCACCUUUCCUCCCCAAGGCUGCAGAGAAUUGUCUUGGGCCUAUGUGGAAUGGAGCAUGUAAGUAUAUAGGGAGACCUAAGUGGUUGUUAAAAGCCUGUGCUUUUCUACCCAGUCUCUCUGCCUUUAAAAGUAGCUCAGGAGAAACAGAAGGGAUUGUGUGUCGGGCAGGGAGCUUGCUUGGGAAAUAGGUUGCAGCUGAUGCCAUCAAAGAAGUAGAAUGGGGGUGGGGUGAAGAAGCAGCCCUCUUCAAAAAAUUUCAGGAAAAACCUGUUGCUGCCAGAACUGGUUCUGGCUCCCACGUGAUAAGGAGAUGGAGAGAAAGACACUAACUUUAAUCAAGGUGUAUAGGAAACUAGAAUCAAGAAAACUUGCUAGCUAGGGCUAGCCUUACCUGUAGGUGACUGAUUAAUUCAAUUCAGUAAACAUUAAGAAACUAAGGCAUGUAAAACCCUGUACUAGGUGCUAGGAGACACAAAGUUGAGAUAAACAUAGUCUUCAGCUUCAUGGAAUUUAGAUUUUGGUAGAGUUUGCUAUCUCCUGUAAUGUGACUUGGUGGAUACAUGGGAGACCCUAGCCCCCAAAUACCUCCACUUUGAGGGUCCCAUGUGGUCUGGAUUUCUACCACUAAAAAUUCCUCCUGUGUGUCAGGACAUUGUCGUGUCUUCCCAUUUAAAUGCAUCCCAGAAGAGGUGGCAAUGUAGAAAACCUAAUGCCUUAGCUUAUCAGAUCAAUUUUCUUCAGGAUAGUUAGCAGAUGGAAGAGCUUGGGGGCAAAAAGUAUUAAGUGAUUACUUGGUGCAAAUCAGUGUACUAAAACUCAUUGUAUAGAAGAAACUGAGGACAGAAGAAGGGAAGGAACAUGCGUGGUCACUCAAAUAAGUGAGUAGUAGAGGUCAGACUCCAAUCUAGUUGGGUUUUGACUGGAAGCAAGGAAGGGGUAAGCAGCGUAGACUAGGUUGCACCAUUCAGAAAGGAUAAGUCUAGCUGUCCACAGAGCAGCCUGAGUUUCACCUGACGGUAUUGAUUAAGUGGUGGAGUUGAAGCAUUGAGAAGGGGGCAGGACAUUAGUCUUUGCCUAUUUGAUAGGUUUGACAGUCCUACCUGUUGCACUCCUGUCCUAGGCCAGACCCUGGCAGACAAUCUAGUCAAAAAUUUUCAAGGCCAGAAUCUAGGGAGGGCAAAAAAUUUUUAUAGAUUUAUGUAAACAUCUCCUUGACUAUAACAGGAUGUUUCUGGUCUGGGGAUAACAAACCUUGCACUUGACAGACUCAGGAGCAAACUUGGACUCUAGCCAAAUCCUAAAGAGGUAGGAAAGCUCUUGGCUUCCUAGAAAAGAAGUGUGUUAUCAAUUUGUCUUUCCUUAAAACAGACUUUUAGGCUCCUUCUUAAGUAGGCUUUCAAAAACCUAUAGUUCCCACUAUGUGUAAGAAAGGCAUUUUGGUGGAGGCUGGGCAUAUGGACAUAAAACAAUCUUUGUCUUCAGAGCUUACAUUCUUUUAGUGAGAUGCAACAUGUAUACAAGUACAAAAUAAAGAAUACGUAAGGGAGAAGAGCUGUGAGCUUGGGGGAGGGGGAUAGUGUUGUGGGAGGGGAAUUGGGCAUCUGACAUAGGUAGCCUCUGAAGUGAGCUUCAAAGGAAACUAGGUAUUCUACUAGGGAAAGGUGAGGAGGGAGUGUAUUUCAGAUAAUGGGGAGCCAUUUGUGCAAAGGCAGAGUUCAGAGAUGGAAUUAACAUUCUGGGAAUAGUUAGCAGGCCAGUUUGACUGGAAUGGAAAAUGUAUGAAGGGAAAUAAGUGAAAUUGAAACUGGAAAGGGAGGUGAGAGUCAAAUGGUGGAAAAUCUUGAAUGCCAGGCUGAAGAUUCUGUAUUUGAUCCUAGAGGUAACAGGGCUCCAUUGAAGAAUUUUGAACAGUGAGCUGGUGUGCUCAGAGCUGUGUUUCAGAUUAUCUGUUUGGCAGAUUUGCAGAGGAUGGAUUGGAUAGGGAAGAAACUAGGCAGAGAAACCAAUUGGGAAACUGUUACAGUUGUUGAGGUGAAGUGAUGAGAACAUGAAAUGCUGUAGAAUAGGGAUCAUUAACCUCCUUUGGGUCAUAGACCCUUUUGGCAGUCUGGUAAAACCUAUAGACCCCUUCUCAGAAUAACAUUUUUAAAAACACAAAAUCAACUACACAGCUUUAUAAAGGGGAAACCAAGGGUUAGUGAAAAUAAAGAUGUAUUUUUUCCCUUCCAAGUUCAUGGACCCCAAGGGGUUCAUAGACCAUCCCCUUCCCCCCUGCCCAAAUCUGGGGUAGAUGCUUUUUGAGGAGAAAAAAGGGAGCAGAUGGAAGAUUUAUGAGAAUUAGGAGGACUAUUCUAUAUCAAAAGAUUUAUCUUUGUUUUUGAUUUUUUAACAUUUUUGAAAAUUUUGAGUUCCAAUUUUUUUCCUCCCUCCAGUCCAUCCCUUUCUCAUUGAGAAGGCAAGCAAGACAAAGGAUUAGUUUUGAUAGUUGUUAUCCAGUCCCUUCCUAAGCAAAUUCUCAAAAACUCUUUUCCUCCUUCUUCGACUCCAAAGGGAGAUACCUUUAAAUGACUUCUGCGUUGUAUUCCUAGACCUUCUAAAGGAUCCAGACUCAAAAUGCAGGGGUCACAUGCUAAUACGCUACAGGGAGGGAGGCUGGGCAGGGGCUGCUCUGUGCAGAGCAGAGACAGGAGCAGCUUGUUCCCGGCCCUGUUUAGGCUGGCUGUAACCCAAGCCUGUCCCUGGGAACUGUGCUAAGUGCUAUGCCCACUCAGAGGGUGAUGCUGUUACCCAGGCACUCUUCAGGUUCUGAGAACAUCUGCCCUGUCCUUGAAGUUAUCUUGUAAUGUGUGCUUUUCCAACGAGCCCGUGAAGUCAGGAACAAAACACCCUCCAAGUCAAUUUUGUUAAUUCUCCCUGUUGCCCCCCACCUGAAAACAGCCCAAGUUCACCAAAUGCUCUUCUCCCUUCCUUCAGAGUCCCCUUGGAAGUUUAUUUCCCGCACAUUCCCCACCUCUAGAUAGAGAGGGGAUGGACACAAGUGCAGAAAUAAACAUGCAGUUUUGGACAUG